CCUCGGCUGAAUAGCCGGAAUUCAAAUGCGGUACAUUGGCAAGCUCUUGCUUCUUUACCCAGCUGCUCUUUAUUAUUAACCCAUUCUCCAAUAAAUCCAAUCGUAAUCAUCUUUUCGCCAUCAACUCUUACUUCCUCCAGAAAUGCCAAUUGUGUAAAAGAAGCCAUCCUACCUUAACACUUGUACUACUAUCUUGUCUCUAAAAACUUAAUUCCGUGAUACCCUAACUUCGAGAGCUUCAACAAGAUGGCAGGAGAAUUGCGAUUCGACGACCAAGUCGUCGUCGUCACCGGAGCUGGUGGUGGUCUAGGCAAGGCCUACGCUACUUUCUUCGCUUCAAGGGGAGCCAAAGUCGUUGUCAAUGAUCUCGGAGGUUCAUUCAAAGGAGAGGGCAACUCGACAAAGGCUGCCGAUGUAGUUGUAGACGAGAUCAAAGCAGCUGGCGGUCAAGCGGUGGCCAACUACGACAGCGUCGAGAAUGGAGAAAAGAUCAUCGAAACCGCCAUCAAAACAUACGGCCGAAUCGAUGUCCUACUCAACAAUGCCGGUAUCCUACGGGAUAUUAGCUUUAAGAAUAUGACGGAUCAGGACUGGGACCUGGUCAUGAAGGUACACGUUAAGGGUUCUUAUAAAUGCGCCCGCGCUGCCUGGCCCUAUUUCCGUAAACAGAAGUACGGCCGCAUAAUCAACACCGCAUCCGCUGCCGGCUUGUUCGGCAGCUUCGGUCAAGCCAACUAUUCUGCUGCUAAACUAGCUAUGGUUGGUUUCACCGAGACCCUCGCAAAGGAGGGUAUCAAAUACAAUAUUAUCUCCAAUGUCAUCGCUCCUAUAGCAGCGAGUCGCAUGACCCAGACUGUCAUGCCUCCGGAGGUUUUGGAAGCCUUAAAGCCCGAAUGGGUUGUUCCUCUCGUCGCCGUUUUGGUACACAAGAAUAACACGAAUGAGACCGGUGGAAUUUUCGAGGUUGGUGGUGGCCACGUUGCCAAGUUGAGGUGGGAGAGGUCGGGCGGUCUUCUCCUGAAGGCAGAUGACAGCUAUACACCAGGUGCUGUUCUCAAGCAGUGGAACAAGGUCGUCGACUUCUCGAACCCCCAAUACCCAACCGGGGCCAAUAACUUCAUGGAACUCCUUGAGGAAUCGAUGAAAUUAGGUCCAAGUGAGCAGGGUGAAAAGCUAGACUUUACCGGUCGCGUAGCCCUGAUCACCGGUGGUGGUGCUGGUAUCGGACGAGCAUACGCCCUUGCCUUUGCCAAGCAUGGCGCAUCGGUUGUCGUGAACGAUUUAGUCGACCCCGAUACAGUUGUCGAGGAAAUCAAGAAACUAGGCGGCAAGGCCGCUGGCGUUAAGGCUUCUUCUGAGGAGGGCGAAAAGGUUGUACAAGGCGCUAUCGGUGCUUUUGGCCGUAUCGAUAUCAUUGUCAACAAUGCCGGUAUUUUGCGAGACAAGGCUUUCUCCAACAUGGAUGACAACCUUUGGGACCCCGUCUUAAAUGUUCAUCUCCGAAGCACAUUCAAGGUUACCAAGGCAGCUUGGCCCUACUUCUUGAAGCAGAAGUAUGGACGUAUCAUUAACACUACGUCAACCAGUGGUAUCUACGGCAACUUUGGUCAGGCCAACUAUGCGGCAGCCAAAGCCGGUAUUCUCGGGUUCUCCCGAACAAUUGCUCUAGAGGGCGCCAAAUACAACAUCUACUGCAACACUAUCGCACCAAAUGCUGGUACAGCCAUGACACGCACAAUAUUACCCGAGGAGCUAGUCCAGGCAUUCAAGCCUGAUUAUAUUGCUCCUCUUGUCCUCGCUCUCUGCAGCGACAAGGUUCCUGAGAACCCUACGGGCUACUUAUACGAAGUUGGCAGCGGUUGGUGCGGCCGGACAAGAUGGCAACGAACUGGAGGCGCCGGCUUCCCCGUGGACGUCAAGCUAGUACCCGAGGAGGUCGUCAAGAAAUGGGCUCAAAUCGUCGAUUUCGAUGACGGACGAGCGGACCACCCGGAGAAGAGCCAGGACUCGGUGGCGAAGAUCAUGGCCAACAUCGAGAACAAGCGAGCGGCAUCUAAGGAGACCCCGCCCGGUAAUCAAUACCUCGCCGCCCAGCAGAAAGCCAUUGCCACCUCAUCACCGGGAACAGAAUUCAGCUACUCGGAACGUGACAGCACACUCUAUAACCUAGGUGUCGGUGCCAAGAGGACCGAGCUAGCUUACGUAUUCGAGGGCAACGAGGACUUCCAGGUGUUACCGACGUUCGGUGUGAUUCCGCAGUUUGACGCCAACAUGCCGUUCAGCUUCGAUGACGUGGUACCCAACUUCUCGCCUAUGAUGCUGCUGCACGGUGAGCAGUACCUUGAGGUCAAGAAGUACCCGAUCCCGACAGCAGCUAAGACCAAGAACUACGCCAAGUUAAUCGAAGUUGUGGACAAGGGCAACGCAGCGGUUCUAAAGAGCGGCGUGACAACAGUCAACGCCGAGAACGGUGAGGAGCUAUUCUACAACGAGGCUACUGUUUUCUUGAGAGGCUGCGGCGGCUUCGAUGGACAGAAGAAGCCAGCGGAUCGAGGAGCGGCGACGGCAGCCAACAAGCCCCCAAGGAGAUGGCCUGAUAUCGUUGUUGAAAGCACCACCACGGAGGAGCAGGCUGCUGUUUAUAGGCUUAGCGGCGAUUAUAACCCCCUUCACAUCGACCCCGGCUUCGCCAAGAUGGGCGGAUUCAAGGUGCCUAUCCUCCACGGACUCUGCUUCAUGGGUAUCGCGGGCAAGGCCGUGUACGAGAAGUUCGGACCAUUCAAGAACAUCAAGGUCAGGUUCGCUGGCACCGUUAUCCCCGGCCAGACUCUAGUUACCGAGAUGUGGAAGGAGGGCCCUAACAAGGUCAUCUUCCAGACUAAGGUCAAGGAAACCGGGAAACUGGCUAUCUCCGGCGCCGCGGCGGAGUUGGUUGGGGAUGGCAGAGAGGGGAAGUUGUGAGUGGCGUCUAAGUGGCGUCUCGGUGAGUGAGUGGGGUGAAACAGGUAGAAUGGGCGGGAUACAAGAAGAUGAGUUGAGAUGAGAUGAGACGACGAAGAUAGUGGACCUUUUCAUUUGUUUUGCAUGGGAGAAAUUGAGUUCGGCGUCUUUGCUACAAAAUCAUUUAUAUAUAUAGUAAGAGUAAGUACUUUUUAUCAGAUGGGUUUAGCAUGCAUGAAUAUAUAUGCCAUAGAGGUUGGAUACCUAUCUCUAGGCUCUUUGGUUCUUG